AUGCACUCAGUCCACAUCAAGCUUUCGCUCGCUGUCUCAAGAGUAAGAAAAAGGGAUCGAAAAGGAGCCAGUACCUUCGCCAUGAUGAACGGACCCUGCCUCCUCGCCUCCCUCGUCCUCCUCCGCGCCGCUGCGGGCCUGAGAGGCCCGAACGUGUGCCAUCGGUUUGACACACUCAGGGAACUCUAUGCCACCCAGUUUCAGCCUUAA